GCGCCGAGCAGGAGCGCCUGCAGCGCGCCAUCGAGCUGGCGGACCAACAGCGGCUUGAGGAGAGCCGCCGCCGCGAGGAGGAGGAGCGGCAGCGCCAGCAGCGCGAGCUGGAGGAGGCGCUGGCCCGCCAGGAGGCGGAGCGGGCCCGGCUAGCCGCCGCUCAGAAGCUGGAGCUCGAGGAGGCGGAGCGCAAGAAGCGGCGCAGUCGCGUGGCCGAGAUCAUGAGCCGGACACGCGGCGCCGGCGGCGGCACGCCGACCAAGCCCGGCGCGGGGGACGAGCCGGACCAGACCUCGUCCGUGUCAGAGCUGAACGCCAUGAACGCGCCGCCGCCGGCGGCGGACAGGACACGGCCCGAGCCGGCCGCCGAGCCCGAGCAGCCCAUGUCGACCGACGCCAGUCCGGUGCAUACCAAUGGCACCAACGGCACCAACGGCCGCACGCCGGCGACGCCGGCCAGUCCCGGCGGCGAGCCGGCCGGCCGCGCCGACAGCGGCGUCACCAGUGGCGAGUACGGGUCCAGUCUGUCAUCGCUAGACCCGCUUAGUCUCAAGUCGUCGACGGUCAGCAACGACGACGACUCCCUUAACUCCAACGUGUCGCAGUCGACGACGACGGGCGCGACGGACGGCCCGGCGUCACCGGCGGCCGACGACGCGGCCCCUCGCGCCGCCCAGAUCGCCGACCUGAUCCAGAUGUAGCGGGCGUCUGAUGCAGUGACCGUGACACGCUGUGACCGGACCGUCCGAGCGGGCGGCGUGCCGGAGCCGUCCCACCGGGGCAAUAGUGAUACUGGCAGCGGCAGAAGGAACAGCGACCGGCGACGGCAGCGCCUCUGCCGGCCACUCGGCGAACUACGCUCGCGGCCGGCCGCACCGCUUGUGCAGUGGAGUCGGGACGGCCCGCGAGCGCUCCAUCGGGGCCGGCGGGGUUACUAAUACGAGUAUGUGCCGGUGUUUGCCUGAAAGGGAGAGAGAGAGGACGGGAGACGAGGGCGCUGGCCCCGCCCCUGUUUUAGCUGUAUCACACUAAGCGCGCGCGCAUGUAAGCUACACUGUAUUAGCCUACCUUGGACGGUGUCUUAGGCUCGUAACCUGGCCCGGCUGUUGGAAGCAUUGUUUAACACGUUUUAAGGGCGGUCAGAGUGGGAGGAGCCCGACCGGCCUGUGGUCCCGGUUGGAUCCUCGCUGGCCAGACAAGCCGCUGAUAAGCGGCGUCGUCACGCUGGCUCCAACAGCGGCGCGUCUCGGCUUCCAGAACUGUUACGUGUCUGUCGACACUUUUAACGGACGAAUGGUUGGAAGUUUCAGUCAUUAUUUCUCGAGUAAAGUUUAUUUUACAGUGUCUGACCGUAAAAUAAACCGCAGUAAUCUAACCGACCGCGUUGUUCUGCGGUGCUGCGCUCUGUCGACCGAGGAGUGGAGAUGUUUGUUCGAUUAAUACAUGGACGGAACGCUGGA